AUGGAUUACUCAGUGUUCGUACCAAGUGAAGGGGAGACCGGAAAUGGAGCCGAGGGAAGUACCCUAUCACAGGUCAGUCAACCCUCCAACUCAGAGAUUAUGAGUUUCCUGAGAUCCAUGGAGCAGGCUAUGAACAAUAAAUGUUCAAAGUCACAGAGCGCCAUUUCAAAACUGCAGCAAGAAAAGUCCGAAUUAUCAGAGACCUUACAUUACAUGCAAGCGCAGUCAAUGCGGAAUAAUUUAAUAUUCUCCGGCAUCAAUGAAAGCCCGUCCGAAAAGCCUGACUAUACGGAACGUCUACUGCGCUCUUUCAUAGUAGAAAACCUGAAAAUACCCCAGGAUGCUGUCAAGUGUAUUAAUAUUGAGAGAGUACAUCGUAUUAGUGUUAGGCAACGCGGUAACCAACCACAUCCUCGUCCAAUAGUUGCAAAAUUCUCACUGUUCAAGGACAGAGAACGCGUGCGGAAAUCAAGUUGGAACCUUAAAGGAACCAAUUUCUACGUCAGUGAGCAGUUUCCAAAGGACGUUGCCGACCGGCGCAGAAGCUUGAUGCAGGCCUUGCGGAAAGCACGUGCUGGUGGCAAGAAGGCAUGGUUAAGCUACGACAAACUGUACAUAGAAGGUAUUCCGGUGCUUCCUGACAGUUUCUCAAGCAACAACAGCAGCAGUAGCAGAAAGUAG